UUAGGAACACGAUGGAAGCUGUACCAGCCAAUUGUCUUGCAGAUGUGCGGCCUCUGGCAUUACAAGCCUGCGUCAUUGGAAUUGAUGAGGGACAGUUUUUUCCAGACACGGUGGAGUUUUGUGAAGAGAUGGCCAAUUUAGGGAAAACAAUCAUUGUAGCCGCUUUGGAUGGAACCUUCCAGAGAAAGCCAUUUGGGAACAUCUUGAACCUCGUCCCUCUAGCGGAGAGCGUGGUGAAGCUCCACGCCGUCUGCAUGCAGUGUUACAAAGAAGCUGCCUACACAAAGAGGAUCGGAGCCGAGAAGGAGGUGAGGAGGCCAACCAAAGAAAAGUCCCCAAUAAGAUCACCCUGA